GGAACACCCCGUGUGACGUCAUCAGCGCGCGCCGUAUCGGGAAUCCUCGUGCUGUUGUUCGUGUGAAUUCUUUAUUUUCAUCGUGUCUUUGAAUGUAAAUAAAUAAGUUAUGAGUUCACAGAUCACUUGUGUCGGAUGGGUGAAGCGAGGAGUCGCGAAAGAAAUUCCGGAUAAAGUCGAGCUGAGUAAAGAAGAGCUGCAGCGCAUCAUAGCAGAGGCCAGAGAUGGACUCAGGGGCCAAGAGGAUGAUGAUGAAGAAGAGGAUGAUGAAGGUGUGGUCAGUGAAGAAACAUCAGUCGAAGCUUCAUCUGCAGUUGAAGAAGUGAAGGAAAGAAACAUAAAAGAGGAGGAAGAGGAGGAUGAGCUUGCUGAAUAUGGCCUGGAUAAAUAUGAUGAAGAAGACAUUGCAACAUCAAAUCUUGGAGACAGUCUGGCAGGAUUGACAGUGUUUGGCACCAAUGAGGAAGAUCCUUACAUCACCAUUAAAGACACAGAUCAAUAUGAGCGAGAUGAUUUUCAGAUCAAACCCACUGAUAAUCUGAUUCUGGCGGGUCGGGCUGAGCGAGACUGCUGUAACCUGGAGAUUUUUGUGUAUAAUUCAGAGGAAGAUUCUCUGUAUGUGCAUCAUGACAUUCUGCUGCCCGCUUACCCGCUGUGUGUCGAGUGGCUGAACUUUGACCCCAACCCUGAAGAAACACAAGGGAAUUACGCAGCCGUGGGGAAUAUGACUCCUGUGAUUGACGUGUGGGAUCUGGAUAUUGUGGAUUGUUUGGAACCGGCCUUCACGUUAGGCAGCAAAAAGACGAAAAAGAAGAAAUCGAAGAAGAAAGCGGCCGAGCCCAUCGACGGUCACACUGAUGCAGUGCUGGAUUUGUCCUGGAAUAAAGUGGUCAGGAACGUUCUAGCGAGUGCUUCUGCGGAUGAGACCGUGAUUCUGUGGGAUCUACAGCAGGGAAAACCAGCAGCGACUCUCAAAAAACACACAGAUAAGGUUCAAACUUUGAAGUUUCACCCAUUUGAGGCUCAAACUCUCAUCUCAGGAUCGUAUGACAAGUCUGCGAUUCUGUACGACUGCCGCAGUCCAGACAACAGCCAUCGGAUCUGGAAGUUCAGCGGGCAGGUGGAGCGUGUGACUUGGGAUCAUUUCUCCCCCUGUCACUUUCUGGUGAGCACAGAAGACGGAUUCAUCUACUGUCUGGACGCUCGAUCUGAUAAACCUGUGUUUACUCUGAGGGCUCACGAUGGAGAGAUAUCAGGGAUGGAUUUGAGCAGUCAGAUUCGUGGAUGUCUGGUCACGUCGUCUGCAGACAAACAUGUGAAGAUCUGGGACAUUCUAGGAGACAAACCCAACCUCAUUCACUCCAGAGACAUGAAAAUGGGUGUGAUGUUCUGCGCCUCUUGCUGUCCUGAUCUUCCGUUCUUGUACGCAUUUGGAGGACAGCAGGAUGGUCUGCGUGUGUGGGACAUCAGUGAUGUAGCUGCUGUGGCGGAGGUUUUCGGCAAUCGGGAACGUUUGGUGGCAAACACAGUCUCUGGCGCCUCCACCAGCAGCACAGCUAGCACAGCUGACAUGGAAGUCUCCUAGCAAGGAAAUUUGAGUCUGAUUGAAAGACGGCAAUGGAGGCGGGCGAUUGUUUUAUAACCAAUGAGAUGAACAGUGACUGUGUCAGUAACAUAUUUAUACCAUCAGAAGAAGUGUUAUGAAAAGAUACUAACUGUGUUUAUAUAUGUGAUAUAUAUACAGGCAUCAGAUCUUUUCUGCGUCUCUGAUAAAUGUUCAAUUCUUUCCUUCAUGAAAGAUAAUGUCCCUCUUUACAAAACAAGAUUUAACUACAUCUUUAUGUUGAUGAGGUUUAUGAUAAUGGUGAUAAAUACAUUCUAAUAGGUAUCUGUGUCUGUUAUGAAAUGGCUGGAUGUUGUUUUGGGAACAACAGUAAAUAAAACCAUCAAAGACAUUUGAA